AUGCAUCUUCAAUCUGCUCUUGCUAUCGGCUUCCUGGCCAACUCUGUGUCAGCCGCUGGCUUUGACUGCGGUGCCUCGGGAUCCAGCAGUGGUUUGAAAGCUGUUUCGAAGGGCCUUGCAAAUGAGCAUCUUGAAAUCCGAGGACAGCAUAAGAAUGUAGAGGUCAAGACCUACGUGCAUAUCCUCGCAGCGAGCAAGAAGGAAGAAGACAACUACCUUAAACAAGCUACGGUCAAAGGCCAGAUAGACCUUCUCAACGAGAAAUUCAAGCCCUGGAAUUUCUCGUUCAAGUUGAUGAACACCACCAGAACCGUCAAAUAUGACUGGGCUUAUCCCAUCAGUCCAGGAAGAGGUGAAGCUGAAGAGGAGCUCCGAGCUGCAUUGAGGCAAGGAACGUACAAGGAUCUCAAUCUGUUCUUCAUCGCCAGUAUGCCCCCUGGCGGAAAGUGCGAGCUCCCUGUUCCCAACCCCACCAAGGACAACAUCCUCUUCGAUGGCUGCAUCAUGAGGCCAGAUAACCCUGGCGAGGUCCCUCCCAAAUUCAACUACGUAACCGUGCACGAAGUUGGUCACUGGCUCGGUCUGGAGCAUACCUUUGAGAAUGGUUGCGAGGAGCCAGGUGACUAUGUUGAUGAUACUCCUUAUGAGGCAGGGCCUCCGGAGUAUGGAGUGUGUCCUCCACCUGAUCUGAACAGCUGUCCUGAUAAGCCUGGUUUUGAUCCUACGGAUAACUUCAUGGACUAUGUUGAGCCUGAAUGCGGUCCCAAGAGAUUUACCCCUGGACAAGCUGAGCGCAUGCAUAAGCUUUGGAAGAAACUGCGUGCCAAAUACUAA